AGAAGAAUGAGGAAAACUCCAACUCAAAUGAUCUCCCAAUAUUUAUCGAGGAGGAAAAAGUAGAACCUGCUAAUGCUGUACUCGCUGCCGUUGAUGGUGCUGAGAAAAAGCAAGAUAUUGCUAAUGAGGCGGAGAAAAAUGAGGAAGAAAUUCCCCAAAUGCAAGAGAAUGAGGCCUCUACAUUUAAUGGAGCACAAUGCGACACCAAUGGCGACAAAGCAACUACUAUGGAUGGACGUACUGAUGUUGUCGAUGGAGCAGGAAGUGAAAAGAACCAGAAAAAACGGAAACAUGGAGUUGUCUACGACGAUGAGGAGUAAAUAGAAGGAUUCUUUUAAAACAAUUUUAGGAGUCGGUUCCCUUUCAU